CGGCUCCCCACGGAAUCACUGAUGUCUCUCCUGGCUGUAUUUCCAAAACGUCUCUUUCUAACAAGCUGACACUGGACAAGCUGCACAUGAAAGGGAAGCGGGUUGUUAUGAGAGUCGACUUCAAUGUUUCUAUGAAGAACAACCAGAUAACAAACAACCAGAAGAUGAAGCCUGCUGUCCCAAGCAUCAAAUUCUGCUUAGAUAAUGGAGCUAAGUCAGUAGUCCUUAUGAGCCCCCUAGGCUGGCCUGAUGGUGUCCCUAUGCCUGACAAGUACUCCUUAGAGCCUGUUGCUGUGGAAUUCAAAUCUCUGCUGAGCAAGGAUGUUCUGUUCUUGAAGGACUGUGUAGGACCAAAAGUGGAGAAACCCUGUGUCAACCCAGCUGCUGGGUCUGUCAACCUGCUAGAGAACCUCUGCUUUCAUGUGGAGGAAAAAGGGAAGGCAAAAGAUGCUUCUGGGAACAAGGUUAAGGAUGAGCCAGCCAAAAUAGAAGCUUUCCAAGAUUCACUUUCCAAGCUAGGGGAUGUCUAUGUUAAUGAUGCUUUUGGCACUGCUCACAGAGCUCACAGAUCCAUAGUAGGCGUCAAUCUGCCACAGAAUGCUGGUGGUUUUUUGAUGAAGAAGGAGCUGAACUACUUUGCCAAGGCCUUGGAGAGCCUAGAGCGAUCCUUCCUGGCCAUCCUGGGCAGAGCUAAAGUUGCAGACAAGAUCCAGGUCAUCAAUAAUAUGCUGGACAAAGUCAAUGAGAUGAUUAUUGGUGGUGGAAUGGCUUUUACCUUCCUUAAGGUGCUCAACAACAUGGAGAUCGGUACUUCUCUGUUUGAUGAAGAGGGAGAAAACCAUCAUCAGAGAUUCUUACGAACAGCUCUAUGCAAAUAA